GCAGAAAAUCCAAAAUCCAAAUAGUUUUAUUCUGUCUGUGACUCUGAAGUUUACGUUGGUACUUGGUGUAAAUUCUAUUGAUCGGUAUCUUUAUGUUAUACCCUAUAUUUUUUAAUUUUGUAUAUCCGAAAAGUUCAAAGAAUGGAGGAAUUACGCACAAAACAUAAAGCUAUGCAAAAUGCUGCACAUCACAUUGCUUUGGACUGUAUACAUCCACAGUGUGGUUUGUUCAUCUAUGUCUGUACAUUUGGAUAUCACAGUCAGCACAUGGAUCUCCAUACCAUGUACACCCAUAUCCUUCUCCUGUCCGUCUACAACACGCGUUUCAAGCGCAACCUAGCCCUAAGAUGUUUCAUCCGAAAGGGCUUAAAGCACACCUUGAUCCCAGAGCGUAUGGGACACCUAACGAAAGCCCUAUUUUGGGCAGAGCACUAUGCCUUACACCAAGAGGCAGUCCGCUGCCAGGUCGAGUUUCCCACUUGAAUGAAAAAUUUCAGGACUCUCUAACACUAAACUCAGAUACUGACGCUUUAGUGGCCAAAAUAAGUGCCAUGUUUCCAACAGUCAGUGAAACCCACAUCAAGAUUUUGUUAAAAAAGUACUACAACCGUGAAGCAGUAGUGAUAAGUGCGUUACAAGUGGAGAAGCAUCCAAUAACAACGCCGGGACCGCUCACAGCUUCACCGUCAGCUGCUCGACUCCACAAAGGUGCGGUUGGGGUGUACUCCGCGUUACAACUUGCCAAAGGAGUGUCUGGAUCGCUUCAUGGCUCAUGUCAUACACCGUUCACAUUGACACCACAAGGUUCCCCACUAUUACUGCGUCCAGCGUCCGGGGCGUCUAGUUAUUACGGGACCAAUAAAUCUGUGGACGGCCAACAUGCCAGGCAUCAGUCACCCAAAAUGAAACUAAAAUAUCUCAAGAGUGUAUUUCCAAAGGCAGAAGAAACACUGAUUUUAGAUGUGCUAGCAAAUAAAGAUAAUAAUGUGCAAAUGGCAAGCGAAGAGCUUAUCACUAUGGGAUUUAACAAGAAGGAGACAAUAAUAGGUCCAAAGAAAAAAGAGAAAGAAACCCCUCAACCAGUGAAGAAAACUGUUCCAGUUAUCAAGACCAUAGAGGAGAAAAAUGAGUUGAAACUUAAAUUACAAAAGAAAUACAACAACAUUGCAGAAAGAGUGGUCGCAAUUGCUCUGGAGAGUGUAGAUUAUAAUGAAGAUAGAGCAGAACAAAUAUUAAAUGCUGUAGUUCAAGAGGAUCAGGCGCCCAAAGUCAAACCAGUUCCCUUAAAAGAUUCUAGACGACCAGAGACAAAAUACACCAAAGGGCCAAUCCUUAAGUCAAGUACGAAAAUUGAACCGAAAUAUAAAUCUGAAUAUUCGGUACCAAACAAUGGACCUAAUCCGACCCUUCGUCAAGGUCCAAAGGACAAUCUUUUACUGGAGGAUUACAUGACCUGGAAUGGACCGAACCCGCAACUGCGUGUCGGCCAAACAGUUAAAGCUGAAGGGCCGGACUCGCGUAAAAAGCUCAUAUCAGCAGCUCGGGGACCUUCCAGCGCCGCUAAAGGACCCAUGGGACUAGCUAAAGGCUCCAUAUACAAACAAACCAAGAAAUCUGCCAAAAUUGUGGUGUAAAUCAAAUCGCUUCGGGUUAACGUCCAACGUCUUUAUACAGGCUGUGGCGUAAUGAGUGGAUAACCUGGUAACUGGAGAUAGAAGACGUUGGGGCAUUACCUUUUGGAUCACGGCCCACGGGUGACCAUUAUUUUUUACAUCUCGUAUAAACUUAGAAACGAAAAUAAGGAAAACGUAAAACUUUAUUUCUCUUUUUGCUAAAAAAUAUAUACGCAUGCGCCCCUCCUAGUUUUGGUUUAUUAUUCGAUAGUGCAUCCAUCCAGGUACCUAUGCUAUGCCAAAAUAGUUUGAAAAAAUAUCCUUCAUUUGCAGUCAUACCAUCAGACAAUAAAACAAAAGUAGUAAGGGCGUUUGUGCACUACAAGGAAUUUUACGGUCCGGCAUUCCGAUUUUUUACGGUCCGGUGUGGCAUGAAAAAACCGAUGAAUUGGCUUUUACACCAUUGUGCACUACAAGGAAUUUUACUGUCCGGCAUUCCGAUUUAUUACGGUUCGUCUUUACUCGGAUCGGAGUGCGGUACAGUUGGGUUGGCUCUCUUUGAAACUACACGCCACGCACCAAUGAUAUUAUAUAUAGAAACAAGAGGUAGAUACGUCACCAACGCACCAAAACUGAUUCCGUGAAUUGGUCCUAUUUGGGACCAAUGCAAUCAGUCAAAAAACAGUCAGAUUUUGACCGGUUCCAGCGAGCGCACGUGCCGAUAGGUACAUUAAAGUUCUCGAAAAUGCCUUCCUGUGUGUUCAGAGAGUGCACGUAUUCGUGCAAAAAAAUAAAGAAAGAUAAAGGAAUAUCAUAUCACAGGAAAAUAUAUUAAAUUAUUACAGUAUAAGAGUAAAAAUAACAAUUUACAAUUCUUUAUGAAUGACACUUGCUUGACACUUGUAUUGAAAUAAUGAAAGGGAUAAAAUAUUGCUUCAAUCACUAGUGUGACAAAGCUAGCGUACACUGUGUUCAAAGAUUAUCAUGCAGAUACGAUUAUUGAAAAUAGAACGGUUAUUUUAUUAAUUUCGAUUUGGGUAAAUACUUGAUUAUUUUUUAUUUAUUUUAAAUCCACACAGUGCAUGUAAUUAACAAAUAUAUCUAUUUAUUAUAUACAAUGAAAUCGUGAUGGCAAAAAUGUUUGUUUGGGAAAAUGAUAUUGAAUAUACGUAUACAUUAAAGAAAAGAUUAUCGCUACUGACGAAAAAUUACUAUUUGCUUUUCUGUAAAUAGCUAUUGAACAUACAUUUUAUUUGUGUUUUAGAUAAAAAAAGGCUUAUACUUCAUCCUUUCUUUUAUUUCAUCCUUUUUUUUUCAUCUAGGCACCACUAUUAUUAUAUCCUACUAGUUGGAGUGAUGACCUUGUACGGGUUCCGAGAACUGCCUUGAAACGAAUAGCGUAAGAUCGGUCCUUAUGGAGUUCUAUAAGGAGGACUAUGCUCAGCAGUGGGUGUUUAUCGGGUGAAAUGAUGAUGACCGAAAACGAACACCACAGCUAGAAAUAAAUACUUAAUACAGUUAUAUCUCCAAAAAAGUUUUUUUCAUUUUAAAACAACUUCAUAAUAAUAAAUAAAUAGUAAAUGAAAUUUUAUAUAUAUACACGUUAUAUACUCACAAUAUACCCAAAAAAAUGUUCCACAUGCAGCGGCAAGCACACACAAAUACAAGUUGCAUUUUACAUAAUUUAUUACAUUGACAGACUGUAUAAGAGAGAUAGAUGGCUAUAAUAAAAUGAUAUAAACAAAAAAUACAAAGAUAGUUUGUCACUUCCGCGUAGGUGUAAGUGAACGUCAUAAGAAUUCACCAAUUAAAUAAAAAUAAAUAAAUAGUUGCCAUGGCAAUUGGCAUAGACUAACGACACAGAAGUUUCAAUGUUAUAGAUGGUACGUUUCCUGCACACGUAAACAAAUGUGACAAUUUUAUUUCAUAUUUAAUUAUUAUGAUGAAGUUGUAUUAAAAUGAUAAAAACUUUUUUGGGUAUAUAAAUGUAUUAAGUAUUUAUUACUAGCAGUGGUGUUCGUUUUCGGAUGUGGUUUUCGGUCAGGGAGUUGAUGUGAUAAUCAUCAUCUUCAUUUCACCCGAUAGACACCCACUGCUGAGCAUAGUCCUCCUUAUAGAACUCCAUAAGGACCGAUCUUACGCUAUACAUCUCAAUGCAGUUCCCGGAACGCGUACAAGGUCAUCACUCCACCUUGUAGGAUAUAUAAUAAUAGUGGUGCUUAGAUAAAAAAGGAUGAAAUAAAAGAAAGUACGAAGAGAUCAGCAGACUUUUUUUAUCGAAAGCACAAAUAAAAUUUAUGUUCAAUAGCUAUUUACAGAAAAGCAAAUAGCAUUUUCGCCUCCCCCGCCCCGCAGCAUAAACACGUUUUUCAUUGCUGUCAUCUCGGACCGGAUAAAAACCAUCCGGAAUAGGGAAAAGUAAAAUGUCGGACAGUAAAAUUACGUAUAGGUGCACAAGCUAGUAUUUAGAUUAAUGGCAGGCCAUACCGGACCGUAAAAAAUCGUCGGACAGUAAAAUUCCUUGUAGUGCACAAGCGCCCUAAGGGCUAGCUGGCUAAACUGCUAGCUGGCUAAAAUACUAGCUUGUGCACCUAUACGCAAUUUUACUGUCCGACAUUUUACUUUUCCCUAUUCCGGAUGGUUUUUUGUGUCUACGAGUCGCUGUAGGUAUAAAUUAUAAUUGUUUUCGAAUGCCCACUUGCUUGGAUUUUACUGCAUAUACCAAUUGAAAGCAAGCUCUUGUUUUACUUUCUUUUAGUUGGCAAUGAGAUUUGAGAAGUCGGUAUUGUUAUUUAUAUACAUUGACCAAGCAUUGACCUAUAAUUAUUAUCUAAGUAAAAGUUGGUAAGUUAAAGUUCAAGUGGAAAUAGCUUUAGCUCCUCGUCACCGAUUAAAAUAAAUAAAUGAAACACACAUUUUAAAUGUUUUACGGAACUUUCCUUUUUUUUAUAACGAAGUAAUAUAAUAUUUCACCUUCUAUAUUUUUUACUCGUUUCUUUUAAAAUGCAAAAACAAUCAUUUAUGAUAGCAUUAUACCGCCAAACUUUCUUGGACAUACCGCACUGAUCCGAGUAAAGACGGACAGGUGCACAAGCAAUUCAUCGGUUUUUUCAUGCCACACCGGACCGUAAAAAAUCGGAAUGCCGGACGGUAAAAUUCCUUGUAGUGCACAAGCGCCCUAAAGGUGUAAUUUUCGAAAAUAUCGAGUAUUUCGAAAAUCGAGGGACUUUUCAAAACACAAAAAUCAUUUUUAUAUACCGCCACAGCGUCAUCUAUCUAUAGUUGCCAUGUUAUCCAUUCAUUACACCACACCCUCCUUUUUUGCUAUAGUCAAAUAUCGAGAUUCCUUUUAAAACAUGUUAUAAUUUUUGGCAUUUAUUUCGAUGUAUGGCCAAAAGCUUUAUUCAAAUCUAAAAUAAUCUAGUCAUAUCGGAAAGUGUCUGUAUGUUGACGUUUGACUAAUGCAUUCCCCUCUCCAAUAUUGUUAAAAAUGUAGUGUAAAUUUUUGAAGUAAGCAUCUCAGAGGUAGUCGAUGUAUUUUUAUAUAUCUUUAUUUUUCUCAAGUGUUUUAUCGCACUAAAUAAUAUACCUAAGACUUAAAGUGCUUGUAGCUUGUCUCUGUACAAUGUACAUAUUGAUACUAUACUGUCAAUAUAAAAACUUUGAUCUCUUAUUUAUAUUCUUUUAUUAUCAUGUGCCAAAUUCUGGAAAGAAGUUACAUGUUGCCUAAAUUAUUGUUCGAGUAUGAGUAAUAGAAAUACUUCCAACAUACAUUUUUAUUAAUAGAUUUUAAUUGUGUUGAGGACUAAAUUUAGUUUCAUUAAAAUAUGUAAUAGCUAUGUUCGUUCAAGAUUUUGCUACAAUGUCUUCAACGAUAUUCAUGACGUCUUCAAGUGUAUAAACUAGUCAUAAAGCUCAGGAUAUUUGCUCAAUUAAAUAUUUGAUAUUAAAUUAUGUUUUAAGAAUAUUUUUUAUUUUCUCGCACACGUUGAAACUACGUUAAAUUAUAGAUAAUAAGUAUUGCUAGUAGAUUUAAAAUAUGUAAUAAAACGAAAUUAAGUAGGUAUUCUGCAUAUCAAUUCUAUUAAAAAAGCGUAUUAAACUGUAACUUGUAACUGUGUAACUUUGAUGUAGGAAAUUUUCAUUUGGUUCAACGUAAUCCCCUUAGGGCACCUCUGCACUAUGCGGCUAGCCGGGUUGCGGAUAGCCGCGAACCCUAACAGGAAAGUGCUGUUAAGGCGUAAUGAUAUAUGCGGUUGGAUAGACUUAUUUGAUAUUUCCAAUUCCAAUAUGAAACUAUUUUAUAUUUUAUCCGCGUAUUUUCUGGAUUUUAGUAUUCCAGAUUGCUGGCCUAUUUUGAAUCUCAAUUAUAAAUUUUACUGAACAGCAAUCCAUAGUUAUCAGCAUAAUACGCGAACUUCGACUACGUUUGUCUUUAAAACCGCACAUUUCGGUUUGGGUUACCCGCCACGCGGCUAGCCGCAAGCGCAACCGCAUCCAGACGAUUGACUGCAUUGCUACUAACCGCAUAGUGAAAAGGUGCCCUUAGAAGUACUUAACAUAAUACAGCUAUCUUAUAACUAAAGCUUUUACUGAAUAAGGCUAAGCGCGCACCACGAUUUUAAUUUUUGCGACACGAUUUCAAAAUCGCGCUGUAGAAAAUCGCAGAGAGUACGGUGCGCGCACAGCGAUAAUUUAAUAGUGAUACUUACUCACUUUCAUCAUGGAUUUCGUACAAGUUGCUUGUCUUUAUUUACUACUUAGGAGGAUAAGAAGAAAAAGAAAAGAAAAUUCGUCUAUAUUGGACUCAUUCUUUUACAGCAGAUAUAAUUGUCAAAGGUUUCUUUUAUCCAUACUAUAAUAUUAUAAAUGCGAAAGUAACUCUGUCUUUCUGUAAAUUUGGUAUAGAGAUAUUUUGAUACCUGAGAAAAGACAUAGGAUCGGUUUUAUCCUGGAAAUCCCACGGGAACGGAAAGGAUGUAUCCCAAAAAAUUCUUUGGCUAUUAUAGAGUGAAAAUUCCGCCAAAAGGCCGCCCUUUGUGCUUUUUUAUUUUUUUUUAUUAUUGUAACCUUUAUGUAUAUUUUGUUUCUUGUACAAUAAAGUGUGAAAUAAAUAAAUAAAUUCAAACCUUUGACUGA